AGAAUUUACUCAGAAUAAAGAAAAUGGCGGACCUAGAAGCAGUUUUAGCGGAUGUAAGCUAUUUAAUGGCUAUGGAGAAAAGUAAGACCACUCCAGCGGCCAGAGCUAGUAAGAAAAUUAUAUUACCCGAUCCAAGUGUUCGAAGUGUUAUGCACAAACAUCUAGAAAAGAUGCAAGAAGUAACAUUUGAUAAAAUAUUCUCUCAGAAAUUGGGGUUUUUGCUGUUUAAGGAGUUUUGCGAAAGUUUACCUGAUGAACAGGUACCCCAAUUAAAAUUUUACGAAGAGAUUAAGAAAUUUGAAAAGUUAGAAACCGAUGAAGAGAGGAUAAAAACUGCCAAGGAAAUUUACGAUCAGUUUAUAAUGAAAGAACUUCUCUCUCAAUCACACACUUAUUCAAAGGCAGCUGUCGAUCACGUUCAAGAACAUUUAACAAGAGCGACGAAAACGAAAACACUACCAGCGAAAGUUUUUGAGUUAACUAUGAACGAUUUUAGUGUGCAUAGGAUUAUCGGGCGUGGAGGUUUUGGUGAAGUGUAUGGUUGUAGAAAGGCAGAUACGGGGAAAAUGUAUGCCAUGAAGUGUCUGGACAAGAAACGUAUUAAGAUGAAAGGUGGUGAAACAUUAGCUUUAAAUGAACGCAUUAUGUUAUCUCUGGUAUCUACUGGUGAAGGAUGCCCUUUUAUUGUGUGUAUGACUUAUGCGUUUCAAACGACUGAAAAACUGUGUUUUAUACUUGAUUUGAUGAACGGUGGUGAUCUGCAUUAUCAUCUGUCUCAGCAUGGUGUUUUCAGCGAAAAAGAAGUCAGAUUUUAUGCUGCAGAAGUAAUUCUUGGUCUAGAACAUAUGCACAAUCGUCACGUCGUCUACCGAGAUCUCAAACCAGCAAAUAUUCUCCUGGAUGAGAAUGGACACGUGCGAAUCUCGGAUUUAGGAUUAGCCUGUGAUUUUUCUAAGAAGAAGCCGCAUGCCUCUGUUGGAACUCAUGGAUAUAUGGCUCCAGAAGUACUGCAAAAAGGUCAAGCCUAUGACUCGUCAGCAGAUUGGUUUUCGUUUGGCUGCAUGUUGUACAAACUGCUCAAAGGUCACAGUCCGUUUAGACAGCAUAAAACUAAAGACAAACACGAGAUUGAUCGAAUGACAAUGACUAUGAACGUCGAAUUACCAGAUUCUAUGGGCCCAGAAAUGAGGUGCCUACUCGAAGGACUUUUAAAACGAGAUGUUGAGGAACGCCUAGGGUGUAUGGGUAGAGGGGCUCAAGAAAUAAAAGAACACGAAUUCUUUAAGUCUAUUGACUGGAAUAUCGUCUACUGUCAAAAAUGCCCCCCGCCCUUAAUACCCCCUAGGGGUGAGGUAAAUGCUGCCGAUGCUUUCGAUAUUGGUUCCUUUGACGAAGAAGAUACCAAGGGUAUCAAGUUAACCGAAGCCGAUCAGGAAUUGUACAAAAACUUCCCGUUAGUCGUUAGCGAAAGAUGGCAACAGGAAAUAGCAGAUACAGUAUUCGAUACUGUUAACCAGGAUACAGACAAAUUGGAAACAAAACGUAAAAACAAACCAAGAAUAGACGAAAUUGACGUAGUUGGUCCCACAGACUGUAUAGUUGAAGGAGAAGUAUUGAAAUUAGGGGGGCCGUUUUUGCAAUCAUGGCAGAAAAAACAUUUAAAACUCUAUCCAAACCGUUUAGAAUUCUAUCACAAAAAUCGAGAUGGCCAGGUUUACAAAAGCAAAGGCGUAGAGUUAAUACCUAUGACUGAUAUCAAAGAUAUAAGUUCAGAGUUCCAAAAGUUAAAUAAAACAGAAAAUUGUAUUGUGAUAGUUUUAAAAAGCGAUGCUAAACUUGCCAUCACUUCGCCUGAUAAAAUAUUAAUUAAUCAAUGGAAAGACGAAAUAAUCAAUGGUUUUAAACUCUCAUCCCAAAUUAUGGCUAACAUGAAUAAGAAGGUCCGAAAUAAAUACGGUGCCGACACAGCUAUGGGUGGAAGUACUGACCAUUCGGAUUCGGCGACACCCUCGCAAAACGUUCAACAUCAGUCAGUCGAACAGCGAAACAGUAAUGGAACGUAG